CAUAAAUAGAGCAGCAGACGCCAAGUGCAGACGACAGGCUGGCGUAUAACAGUGUGACACUGUAACUUGCUCGUGCGCCGUCUCGUGCCGGGCUUGUACAGUCAAACGACCCCUCUCUGGCCACUUGACACUUGCCACUGACAGAAUCGUCGACAGCUGAAUCCGGCUGCAAGGUAACAGUAGCUGCGGUCCUGUGGACAUCUUUUUGUACUCGCACUCGCCGUCUGUCGUUGCUGUCGUGAGCUAUUUGGUCACGAGACUUGUGUUUGCCCCGCGCAUGCAGAAGCAGAAUUGCUGAAGUUUUACCUGGUGACGAUUUUCAGCUGUUCUCUCUUGCCUGAAACUAAUCUAAGGAUCAGAAUCGCUCGCUUCAAAAGUGUGACUUCUUCCUACCGGCCACCUGUGAUCCGUGACCUACAAUUUGACAUUUCGCCGACUCCUUCCGGACCCUCGUCAUUUAGCUGCUAUGACCACUCUUCCAGCUGGCCCUAAAGGGUUGCCGGUAAUCGGCGCCAGCUACAAGUGGAAGGGCCCAGAGACGAACCUAGCAUGGGCUCGGGAGUUUGGCCCGCUUUACAGUGUACGCAUGGGCCCUAACCUGAUGGUGUACCUCAACUCCAUUGAGCUCGUGGAGGAGUACAUGGAAAGGAAAGGGGACGCCUUCCUUGGCCGACCCGAAGGUCCUGCUGCAAUCGCCAACGGUCUACUGUUCGGGCAAGGGGAGAGAUGGAAGGAGAACCGGGCCGCCAUGACAUGCGCCAUGAAAACCGGGCCUUCACACGCCACCUACGAAGACAUCAUCGGCACAGAGGCAGAUCGUGUACUGCAGCAGAUGAAGAGCGCAUGCGCUGAGCCGUUACACUUGGACGACUUUUUUCUCCCUGCUCUUACCAGUCGCCUUGCCACGUUGCUGCUGGGCGAGGCCCUGGACUGCGACAGUGAAGUCAUGAACAUCUUGGUGGAGCAGAUGAGGAACCUGGAGGAGGUGGACCUCACCUCCAAAUCGACGCAAAUGUUUUUGAAGGUGCGUCAUUUCCGUCGACCGUUAGAAGCCAUAAGCGGACGCACGAUACCCGACAUGUUUAAGAUGUCAGAAGCGAUGCAGGCCAUCAUAAGACAAUGGAUUUCCACGCGCAGAGAGGCUCUCCGCAAGGCAGAUGGAAAGCCUGACAGCAAUGCCCUUCUUGACCACAUUCUAGUCUCCGAAGAGUAUUCCUCUAGGCCUGAGAAUGAUGACAAAGAGCUCGUACAGUCCUUGAUGGACCUGUUUUUCGGUGGCGUGACUAGCUCCCUGUCGGCCAUCGAGUUCUUCUGUUUGUACCUCAUUCAUUUCCCGGAAGUGCAGAACAAGGUGAAGGACGAGCUUAGGCGGGCUCGCUCCAGUAAUGUGACGAUCUCUUGGGCCAAUCAGCAGCACUUCCCAUACACCCGAGCCACCCUGACAGAGGUGCUGCGCCUCGGGUCUGUGACCCCGUCAUCACUUCCUCACGUGGCCACCGAGGACGCCAUCAUAGAAGACAAGUACGAGGUCCCAAAAGGAGCCUUUGUGCUAGCGAGCAUCUUCAGCCUCCACCGAGACCCGCGCUUCUACAAAGACCCAGAACUGUUUGACCCACAGCGCCAUCUAGACGACAACGGCAAAUUCGUGAAACCUAAGAGUUAUCGACCAUUUGGCGUCGGCAAACGGAGCUGUAUUGGAGGUCAUCUGGCGGAAAUCGAACUUUUCCUCUUCAUCACAAGACUGCUGAGUCAGUUCCGCAUCCGGGCCAUUGAUCCAGCGUCACCUCCGCCCUUUGAGUGUCACAUGCGCAUUAUUCGACGCAUCAAGCCGUUCACAUGCGUGCUAGAACCCGAUGACACGCCCUAGAUUAGGUCAAAGGACAACGAGUCAAAGUAACAGCAGCGUUUGCUGUACAGUGUACAUUUUCGAAACGGCAUGAACUAAUAAGCCCUGCCGACUUGCUAGUUCCCACUAAGUUUCCUGUCGAAAGGAGGGAAAAAACGCAAACCAUAUGACCUCAACCACAAGAGUGCCAUCGGAAGUCAUUGACCUUACUUGGAAUCCCUUUGGGAUCCAACCACUUAGCUGCAUCCGCGACAGGAACAAUCUGGAGUACGAAACGAUUUUAAUCAGUACUCUACACAUAAAGUGUCAAAUUGCGAGUGUACUUGCUUUGUGAAAAUGCGAGUGGCUCCUUAGACAGGACUGAUGCCAUGGUGACACAGCGCCACAUGGCUGAUGCUCGACACUCAGGUCGAUUGACAAUGAUACUUGCGAUAUACAGAUAACCGAGGGACCGUUCCUGUCUAAUUACCCUCUCGAUUACUCCUCCAUCUGAGCAGACAUUUUGAUGUUGGGCAAAAACUAAAUCGUCGAUGAGAUUAAAUAUUAUUAACACGACGACUUUAAUAGCGACUCUUCAUUCAGUUGCUAAGACUUCAGCCAUCUUUGUCUGUCUCUACGAUCCGUCUCCAAUGAACUAUCCGACUUUCGCACUCCGUUGCAACCUUUACAUGGCAUGGGAAUGGCUAUGCAUAUGCUGGGACUGCUAUAUUCCCUGAUGUAGAGUAGUAUAAAGCAAUAUCAGCGAGAGGGAUCUGGAUAAUAUUAGAUAUGGAGACAACGCAAUAAUUUGUAUGAAAAGAUUCUCCAUUCUGUGAAGAAAACAGGCUCGGUUCGUCCUAAAACUUUCAUCUGCUGUAUGGGCCUCGGAGAAUUUUACACUUUUGGGCUUGCGUGAGCAUUGGCUAAAUAAAUGUAAACUAAUAAAUAAAAAGAUGAGAGUCGGAAGAGAAACAUCGCUAUGGACUCUUCACUUUCAUGUCAUAUAUACAUGUAUAUCUAAAUUGUUAAUCUUCACAUAAAUAAUGUUAAUGUCAUUGUACUUGUUUUCCUUUCCACUUUUUGAGCUGAUGAGUACCAAGUUCAUUAUUACUCUAUUACUUACUUAGUUAUUGAUUAUAAGUAAUGUUUUCAUGAAAUAAUAAAUUUAUAUUAUCUAAA